AUGGGCAUUACCGAAAUAAUCGCCGCAGAAGCCUUAUUACAACUUCGGGGAAUCGGAAAACAAUCUCCUCCAGAGACUCCUACGUUUCAGGAAACGGAAGAUCUGGAGAUUUCAGCGAGGCCUUCUACAGCUACAGUGGACGAGAGCAGUUCGUCGAUGACGAUGGAGGAAGAGGGCCCAACGAUGAGUCGUAAAAGGAGUCGCAGUUGCACUUCAGAAUCAUCAAACCAGAGUUUGAGUGACGAGUAUUUACAUGCGCUGGAACCGUCUGGAAAUAAUGUGAUAAGAAUCGGCGACGGAAACGCCAAUGUCCCAGUGAAAAUAUACACGUCCAUUAAGUGGGAUUCCUAUACAAUGGCUACCAGGAAACUAUUGACAGCCAUAUUUCCUCGACACAUUCUCGCAACACAUUCUCUUACUGGAAAACGUUCACCAGCGUUCCCCAACAGACCGGCCAAAGAGAAAUUGGACCCCAAACUUGUCCAUGACAUCGUAAAAACUGUCGUGGACAAAUGCGGUGUAGCCGAAAGUAUUGUGAGAACGGCUAUCACAAAUAAAUGCGCCGAUGAGAGUAAAAUGCUGCGUCAUCGGAAGAAACAAAAAAGAGAAGAUUAUGAAGAAUAG